CAGCAACAGUACCAAGGCUCUAAUUAUAGCACUCAGCAGCCCCUUGAUGGCAUGUCGGGGUUCAAGCUCCAUGCGCACGACGUGCUCCGAGACCCGACAAAGGACGAGCUGUACAAUGGCCCAAAGCGCGAAAAGCUUCCCGCGGCGGUCCAGCGGAUGGACGCCGCGGACACGGCUUGCACGUUUUGCGGGGUCAGUUACUUUGUGUUUGCCGAAGUGCAGGAGCUGACGCAACGGGUGAGGCGAUACGAACGCCAAUGCCAGACGUUUGCCACGUGGAUGCAGCGAGAAAAGGCCACCAACGCCACCAUGCGCAACGAGUUGGCCCUUUGGACUCGAGAUUUUCACACGGCGAUGGGCGUCGCCAGUGAGAAACUGGUCGAGUUGCAUCGACGGAAUACCCUUCAAGCGACGAGCAUUCAAUCCCUCGAGGCUAAAUUGACUGCCAAAGAGACAGAGUUGGAAGGGCUUCGCUGUCGAGUUCUGGCUGAGACUGCCACCAAAGUACUAGAGUUGGAAGCGCGUAUCGUCGACAAGGACCAGACCAUCGCACAACAGGCUCAGCAUAUGGAAGGAACGUUGCGAGAAGCAAGAGUCGUGUAUGAAGCUGCCCAAGCAGCGUGGACACUCGAGCGCACAAGUCUACUGACUCAGCACUCUGUACAAUCGGCGGCGGGCGAGCUGGAACGGCAACGCCUUGAAGAAUUGGUGGUAAAAAUGGAGCAAAACUUGCAUGCCAGUGCAGUCGAGUCGCAGGAAUUCGCGGCCAAGGCAGCAGAAAGCGACGCACGGUGGCGAGAUGUGACCCACAUGAUGGAGUGUCAGGCGACGUCUGUGACAGAGGCACAGGUCAAGCUACACCAAAUGCAGGCCCAGGUAGAGCUAGCACAAGCAGAAGCCGCGCGGGUGGCAGCCAACGCCCAAGUCGAGCGGGCGGAUGUGGGAGCGCUACAGGAUGACGUGGCAAAGUACAAGCACUUGGCGACGGCGUUAGAGAAGAAUAAGGCGCUGUUGCUGGCCGAACGAGACGAGUUGAAGCAAACGAUCGCCAUCGCACACGACAAGGUCAACCAGGUCAAGGCACAGUUGACUGGACUGCAGCGACGUCUGGAUGAACAAGGGCGGCAAAUGGAGGCUGUACAGGCAACACACAACUCUGCCAUGGCCAAUCUCAAGGCGGAAUGUGCCAAGGAAGUAGCGGCUUUGAAAGCUUGGAACGUGCAGUCGGCCAACUCGACGACAACCGCGUUUGAGCAGCAAGUAGCGCAACUCGAAGAUGAAGUGCGUCGGCUGAAAGAGGACGACACCGUGGUUCAGUUGAAGCAAAUGCUCGUCGUGGCAGAGAAACGGACGAUUGAGGCGGACAAGGCCCUACAGGAAGCGAAAGGAACGUGUCAAUCAUACAUGGAAGAGUUACAGCGCGCCAAGUUGAGUAGUCACCAAGACAAGAGCGCCGCGACCGCCCUAGAGAAAAAGCUGCGCGACGUUGAAGCUGCCCUCCGCGAUACCAAGGCGGCAAUGGAGCAAGAACGAGCGGACUGGGACCGCAAGCAUGUUGCGUGGGAGAGGAAAGUGGCCGAGCGCGAUGUAAAGUUGGACGCGAUGGCGAAAGACUUGCAGCAGAUGCGGUCCGCGGCGCCAACGGUAGUGGUCAAGGAAGUGGUGACCAGCAACAACAAUAACAAGGCGCUGGAAGGAGAAGUGGAGCGGCUGACUCAUAUUGUGGCCCAGAAGGAUCAAGAGAUUCAACUGCUGCAGCAGACCGUCCAUCGGGAAUGCAUGGAACGGACGUCCAUGUUGGAGAAGAUGCGAUCGGCCAAGAUCUUGCCAGACAUGGUCACAACGCAUGGAAGUAGUCCACACUUGGUCGACGAAAGAGGGGAGAACGACCAUGGCGGCAACAACGGUGGCGGGGGGGGAGGCUUGGCGUCGUUCUACGAAAAGCUGCGCAAGAAGAAAGCGCGUCCAAAGACCAAGGCGUGAGUGAGGGAUGGCCAUGUUGUCGCCCUCAAUAGAGACGAGAUGUUCUAAAAUGGCGCCGAAGCCUUUCCUGGACAUGUGUGGUGGGUGUUCAAGGAAGCAUGCAACUCCUGGCAAAGUGACAUAAGAUAGCAAAAAGUAUCAAUUCUUGCCUAAUGACAUCGCCUACGACACCUGCACCAGAUAUGCACGCAUACAGUGCACUGGUUGGUCGGCGUAUCGACCAGCACAGGUCCUCAUCUUGAGCGCUGUGAUUCACCCCAAGCUCAAUUGC